CGCUCAUAUUUACAUAAACUGCUCUUGUAAACGAGGGACCAAUCAUUCUGUCAGCAUCGGUUUUUGCCAUCGUCCGGCUUUUGGUCCGACGAUGAACAUGAAAAUAAAGAUAAACUCCUCUCUAAUUAUCUCAGUCGGUUUGUUAGCGCAGAGGACGUCGAAGCCUCCUCGGUCAUAAUUUCCGUUGCAUCAACUACAUCGACAUCUUCUUCAAAGAAAAGCUAUCAUGGUCGGUCAUCUGUGGAUGCUGUUGCUGAUAAUAGAAAUGGCUCCUUCGUGGUUCAUUCUCCUAUCGGUCAACAUCCACCUAGAACGCUCAUCGAGCAACUUGGAAAAUCGGCAUCCACUUUCAAUAAACAGAGCUCGCUGGUUGUAAGUAGUUCACGCGAUUCUCACACAGCUCGUUCCCGCUUUAUUGCGUCUUCUAUUUUUUAUACUAGAUUCUGUUGCUCCUGGUAGCGCUUCCAGCAUCCAUUUGAUACACACAUUUAUUUUUCUGUUUUGAAAAGAGAAGUCGAUCAGUACAACUUGAUACAAGUUCGUCCAAUAUUUUUCCAAAAUGCACCGCAACAUCAACCACCACCACCGCACUUCCAAAAACGCGGAAGAGGCGAAAAAACAGCCCACCGGUGAAGGCGAGUCGAUGGAAGAGCGGCUCCAGUUCACGGAUAAGAAUGGUAACACGAAAUACGUCGGCCACGAGGCUCGCACCGCGAAACCGAAGAUCUUAGCGGACCCGUACGGCUUCGCGGGCAUCGCGAUCGGUAAGCCGCCCCCGGGGGGCAAGGGGUUUACCGGGUACGGAGGCUCGGGCGGCGGGUAUUUCGGGAGCGGAAAGAAGAUGCAGAAAAUUGUUAUCGGAGUGGUUGUAGGGUGCGCUCUGGUAUACUCCUACACGUCUUACUGCGGGUCCUUCGGCUGGUGGGGAAAACCGUGGUAUUGUGAUCUGGUGUAAGUAGGAUCAGAUGAUGGAGUAGACGCAAAUCUUGUGUUUUUCUGAGUUUUUUUUAGUUUUACAGCAUUACCAUUCUCUCCUUGCACAGUUCGCUGUCAUCUUAUUCAUAUUCUCGAGGACUAGUAUUCUAUUUCGAAAAGUAUAGCUGCAGCGCCAGACGUUCGCGUCUAAGUUGUCGUUAUCGCUUUACUUACCCACAGAUCUUCGUGACUAAAUUUUGUCAUCAUGGACGCACAUCCACGGCGUCGUCGUCGAACUACCAUGAACGCAAAUUUAUUUACUGGCAAAAACUAAAAUAAAACAGCCUGAUGCCAUUUUCCUACACUCUGGUAGUACCUACAAAGAUAAAGAAACGGUUAUCUUCCUAUUGUGGCGCUUUGGUGCCAUUGUUCUUGGUUUGGGGAAGGUGAUGCUUGCUCGACGUCGAAGAAGAAGAUGCAGUCUUAU